UUAUUCUGUAUUUUUCAACUCUGAUUUACUUUGUCGACAGUCCACAGAGACAUCACACCUCUCUCCCCCCUCCCCCUCACUCUCUCUCUCUCUCUCUCUCGCACACACAGUAAUUUCAAUAUUUUCCCCGUCAAAGUCCGUCUUCCAUCCAAUGAUUUGUCCCUAAAUUCAAAGAACAUGCCAGGACUACAGGAGACUGUUUGCCAGACUUGUGGCGACGAAGGCUUUUCAGAAGCUAUAGUUAUUUGCGUCAAGUGUCAUGAUGCCGGGGAACACCGUUACUGUUCUCCAGCAUGGCCUAAAAACUUCGAGGAUGACGUUGACUGGAUAUGCAGUGAUUGCAUACUGCAUAAUGCAGAACAGUCUAUUUCAGCAAAUCCUGUUUGUAGACAUCCGAACGAUGUUACAGAAAUCGAUUUGAGGGACACAUGCAUAGUUUCUCAGAAGGAGAUACAGAUAGGUGAAAGUAUCGAUGCUCUUCAACCCUGUAAGGUGCACCUGGAGGAGGUGCAUCCGGAGGUUGACUUGGUUAAAAGCUCUCCUUUGGUUAAGAACAAACGUACUUCAUGUUUAAACAUGAAUAUUGAUAACUUUCAGAAGUCUGUGCAUGAAGAAAUGCCAACUAGCAAAGAUGAAGAUUACUUGAGUGUUGAAGUUGGCAGCGGUGAGACUUCUCAGGCUAUAACAGAUGAUACAUCAACUACUUUGGAAGCUUAUGGUGUUGGCCAAGCACAACCAUGCAGUGAACCAACAUGGAGAGGAGGUUUCAGUGUCUCCAGUGACAAUUUCUGCACAGUAAUGAAAUUGGCGUCUCAUUUAUCGAACAUAGCAUCAACUAAAGUAUUUGAGGCAGCACAACAGUUCCCAUCAGUGCUUCACUUGGAUAUAUAUCCUAGGCUUCAUAUUUGGCCUAAAUCAUUCAGUAGAUCAGAGCCAACUGGUGGACAAAUUGGCAUGUACUUCCUUCCUGAAACUGAAAGUGAUGAAUGCCUCUACAAAAGCCUGCUAGAUCGCAUGAUUGAUGAAGAUCUUGCACUCGUGGCUGUCAUUGACAGUUUAGAACUAUUGGUAUUUACAUCUCUUCGACUGCCCAAAGAAUGUUGGAGACUAGCGGAAAAUUAUUAUCUUUGGGGUGUCUUGAAGAAAAGUUCCCCACUUAGUGGACCCUUGUGAUAGGGAGUUAAUAUUACCAUCUCAGAUUAUAAGGUAGCCUUGUAGCAGAUUGCAGACUGUAGAAUCCUCAUACUACUCCAGGCAAUGGUGGUAUAUUUCCAUCCAUCCGAUUUGCUUUCUCUUCCAGCAUGCUAUUGCUUCUCUCUCCAUUGGCAUCACACCGUGCCUUAUAGUACUUCCAUAUCCACCGGUGUUAUCUAUUUACAGAUAUCCAGUUGUAUCGGUGCUGGUAUUAAUUUCAUCAAAACAUCCAAAGAGCAGUGACCUGUCCAGAAAUAUAAAUUAGUAAUUUAAUUAAAAUGAUAUAAAUCAAUGUUUUCACUAUAAUUAUGUGUUGUAUAAAUAUUCCUAGUGGAAGAACUUUUGUUUAAUUUUUGAGACAUACAAGAAGCGGGGAUGGUUGCCUGUAUUAAUUUUAACCUAAUUACAGAUAUGUCUGAAUAAUUUGGUUGCAGACCUUCACAUUCUCUUUUUUGUAUCUUUUGACAAGUGAGACCAAUAGACAUCUUUGGCUUACCAAAUUAUAUUUCCA